AUGCGUGAGUUCUUUGCCUAUAGACUACAAGAUCGUGUCGAUAAGUUUUCUGUUAUCCAUAAUGCAAAACGACUUUUCCAGCAGUUUGUUGUUGAUGCUUACACUAUGAUUGAGAGUGAAAGGUUGUUUUACAUACGGCGACAACAGACGCAUUUGAGGUCAGAAAGUUUUCAGAAUAUACAGAAUGCAAAUAAUUCUGGCAAAAAAGAUAUGUCAAAAAUUGGAACACGUAUCUUUAUUCCAUCUUCUUUCACUGGCGGUUCUCGAUAUAUGAUGCAAAAUUACUUAGAUGCAAUGUCUUUGUGCAAAUGGUUUGGGUAUCCAGAUUUUUUCAUUACUAUUACAUGUAAUCCAAAAUGGCCGGAAGUUGAAAGGUUUUUAAAAGAUACCACCAUAAGGCCUGAAGAUAGACCAGACAUUUUGUGUCGAAUUUUCAAGAUGAAACUAGAUUCUCUAACAAAAGACUUGAAAGAAGGCAACUUGCUGGGUAGAGUUAACUCUGUUGUCUAUACUGUCGAAUUCCAAAAACGCGGACUUCCUCAUGCACACAUAUGUGUAUUCAUGCAUCCAGACAACAAGAUACUAUCGGUUGACCAACUAGAUCCAAUCAUUUCUGCCGAAAUUCCAGACAAAGCCGAAGAUCCUGAGUUAUAUAAACUUGUAGCAGAUUACAUGAUUCAUGGUCCGUGUGGUGCUCUAAAUAUGAAUUCUCCUUGCAUGGUCGAUCGUAAAUGCUCCAAGAAGUUUCCUAAAAAAUUUGUUAAUGAAACAUGCUUGGAUAAGAAAGGAUUUCCAGUUUAUCGUAGAAGGGAUUCUGGCCAUUCUGUUGUUAAAUCCCGUUUGAACGUAGACAAUAGAUAUGUUGUUCCAUAUAGUAAAGUGCUGUUAAAAAGAUACCAGGCGCAUAUUAAUGUUGAAUGGUGCAACCAACUUGGUUCUAUCAAAUAUUUGUUCAAGUACAUUAACAAAGGCCCAGAUAGAACUACGCUUAGAGCAGGAACCUUUAUUCGUCUUCCGUUUCAUUUACCGGGCCAACAAAACGUAGUAUAUGGUGCAGAUGAUGACAUUGACGAGGUUCUUAACAAACCAUCUAUUGCUUCUACUAUGUUCUUAUCUUGGAUGAAGUGUAAUGAAAGAUUGCCUGAGGCACGUGAGCUUACUUAUGUUGAGUUUCCUUCAAAAUAUGUUUUUAAAUUAAAUACUCGCAGUUGGGAUGUAAGGAAACGACAUCCUUCAAUUGGUAGGAUUCAUUCGGUGUUUCCUUCCGCUGGUGAAGCAUACUACCUAAGAAUAUUAUUGAACAAAGUAAAGGGUCUAAAAUCUUUUGAAGAUAUUCGUACUGUAAACGGUACUUUGUAUCCAACUUUCAAGGACGCAUGUUAUGCGUUAGGGCUUUUGGAUGAUGACAACAAGUACAUUGAAGCUAUUAAAGAAGCCAGUUUGUAUGGAACCGCUACGUUUUUACAGACGUUAUUUGGGACAAUGUUGAUGUCUGGUAGUUUGUCUAGACCGGAUUUUGUAUGGGAGAAGACAUGGAUGUAUUUAUCGGAUGACAUUUUAUAUAGACAAGAAAAACAUUUAAAAGUUGAUGUUUUACAUUACUCUGAUGAAGACAUUAAGAAUUUGGAUUUGUUAGAGAUUCAGAAAUUCUUACUUCGGAAUAACUCAUCGCUGAAGAACUUCCUUUGA